AGCAAAAGUAAACAACAAGAACAAGAGAGUGGACGACGCGGCGGUGCGGUGAUUGAUAAUACCAAGGCUAUAUAAACCUCGCUCCCGUGCUGAAGGCGCGGGAGCGAACCCCCCUGGAUAAUACCUAAGGCAUACAAGGCCCUAUUUUCCGCUAAUACAAUAAAUGAAUACCGAUAAUACUGAUACAGGGCAUGCAUUGAGGGUCAUGGAAGUUCGGUAACGAUUCUUCUCAGCCGAGGUUCAAUUAAUGUGCGGUGAUUUGUAGCUGUGAUAGGAUUAAACUCAAAGAGUUUAAUAGAUGGCUCGCCAAAUAUACACCCUUCAAGAGCCUGACUCCACCAUUCAGAAAUUACACAGGGCAGGUCUGGUGCAGGUGCGGGACGUUCUCCGACUCACCCCGGAUCAGCUGGCUGCCGAGGCGCACCUCAGCCCCUCUGAGGCGGCCGGCCUGCAGCAGAGAGCCGGCCGGCGGCCCGCCCUGACCCAGGGCCGGCCCCGCCCACCCGCCGGUCACGUGGUCACCUUCAGCCGCCGGCUGGAUGCGCUGCUCGGAGGCGGUCUGCCGCUCGGACGGAUCACUGAACUGGUGGCGCCGCCAGGCGGCGGAAAAACGCAACUCUGCUUGCAGGCCUGUGUGGACGCCGCCCUGCCGGCUGAGCUGGGCGGCCUCUCCGCCGACUCCCUGCUGGUGGACACGGAGGACUCCCCGGUGACGGAGCGACUGCACAGCCUGGCCGCCGCCGCCGCCGACCACGUGCGCUGCGCCGGGAGCGCCGCCGCCGACCCGGCCGCGUGCCGCGCCGCCGCCGACUUCAGCGCCGAGUCGGCGCUGCGGCGCGUGCACGUGCUGCGCCUGAGCAGCGCCGCCGAGCUGCUGCUGCUGCCCGCGGUGCUGACGGAGCUGCUGGAGCGCCGGCCGCUGCGGCUCGUCUGCGUCGACUCUGUGGCGGCGCCGUGGCGGUACGGGGAGCCGGUGCCGCGGCGCGCGCAGGAGCUGCAGUGGCUGGCCGCCCAGCUGCGCCGGCUGGCCGCCCGCCGCGGCCUGGCCGUGGUGCUGACCAACCAGGCGACCACGCAUCUGCCGGCCGGUGGGGGAGCGGCCUGCCUGGUGCCGGCGCUGGGGCCCGGCUGGCGCCACUGCGCCGCCCUCCGGCUCUGGCUGGAGCCCUGCGGGGACAUCCGGCUGGCGCGGCUCACCAAACACCCCGAGCGAGCUGACGGCACGGCGCCCUUCCAGGUGCUCGCUGUGGGCGUGCGGGACGUCUGCGGCGACUUCGACGAGCCGGCCGGACAGAGCGAGGACAGCGAGCAGGAGGGAGAGGGAGAGGGCCCCAGCGGAGGGGACGGGGACGGCCCCGGCACCGGGCAGGAAGAGGACGGCGCCGGCGGUGCUGAGAGCGAGGCCAAGUCGCAGGGCGAGGGCACAGGCCAUGUGGAAGAGGAGGGUCAUGCUGUCGGGGGACAUGUGACGGAGCGAGUGAGUGACGUGACGGCGACUGACGUCACGCCAAGGACUGGUGACGUUUCAGACUGUACUGCUAGUAAGCGCCAAAGGCUCAUUUGAUUCGUAAUAUGCCGUUAGCUGGUUUGUAUGUAACAGCUAUAGGCCGAUUCAGGCUGUGGUAGUUUGUGAGUCGUUUCUGGUGGUUUCAUGCGGUUUUUUGUUUUAUGUAUUUGUCUUCUGUUUUAAUCCUUAGCGUAUGUUAGUCUUUGCCGUAGCAGCGGUAUUUAUAACCUCACGAUGUUCGUGUGCGUCUCGUUGUAAGCAUCGUUUUAACUUUUCUCCUUUAAAUUCCUCAUUUUCUUACCGAACGAGUUUUAACGGACAAUGGACAUCGUUUCUUACCCGCACUUAUGUCGUCCUGCAUUCAUUGAAAGGGUUGUGCACGGUGCAGUUGUACGUACUCUUUUGAAGUUAAGGUAACCUGGGCUGUGACCCGGGCACGCUUUCGCAUGCAGUCCCAGACUGCUUUUCUUACCUCUGGUGCGUUUGUUUAGAUGGAAAUAUACACUUUUAAUGUA